UGGGAGAGAGGAGGAGAGGCAGGCAGGGGCAGAAGGGGUGCUGGGGGCUUCCUGCGCAGGGACAUCUGCAUCUGACGGCCGGAGGGAGACGCAGCUAGCUGUAAUUGCGGCGCGUCUUGUCCAGGCUGGGCGCCCCGAACAGAAGAGAGGGCUGCAGGUAUCUAUCUCCUCCCCGAGCAGCGAGACCCCUCCUUCUGCGCCGCGAGACCAUGGCCUGGCUGCUGGCUAGGGCUCGCUGCCCCGGAGCUCUUUCCCAGGCCUUCAGGUGCCCCCGAGGGUCGGCGACAGCCCGAGGCUGGAGCCGCGGGCCCCUGACGGCGUACAUGCCGGAAGCCGUUGCGUUCCCGGGGCCCAAGGACCACCAGGGCUUGUACAAGGUGUCGGUGGAGCAGGGGGACACUUUCUGGGGAGCGCUGGGGAGGAGCCGGCUCACCUGGAUCACCCCCUUCCACUGUGUCCAGGACUGCAGCCUGCAUGAGGGCCGGGCCGCCUGGUUCCUGGGAGGACAGCUCAACGUGGCCGUGAAUUGUCUGGACCGACAUGUCCAUAUAGCUCCAGAUAAAGUGGCCUUAAUCUGGGAGAAGGAUGAACCAGGGGAGGAGGUACAGGUCACUUACAGGGAGCUGCUGGAGUUGACAUGCCGCCUGGGAAACACCUUGAAACGGCAGGGGGUGAAACGGGGUGACAGGGUCGUCAUCUACAUGCCCCCGUGCCCACUGGCUGUGGCCAGCAUGCUAGCCUGUGCCCGGAUAGGGGCUGUGCAUGCUGUGGUGUUCGCUGGGUUCAGUGCAGAGUCCCUGGCAGACAGGAUCCAGGAUGCCCAGUCAGAGACAGUGAUCACAGUGAACCAGGGGCUAAGAGGUGGCAAGGUCACUGAGCUAAAGAAGGUGGUGGACCAGGCCCUGAAGCAGUGCCCAGGAGUGAAACGUGUUCUGGUUUCAAUGAGGACUGACAACAAGGUUCCCAUGACAGCCUUGGAUGUGCCGCUGGAGGAGCCAUCCCUCUACUGUCAUGGGCAGGCAGCACAAACGAGAGCCUGUGACAGUGUGGACCAGAGGCUAAAAACACCCCAGCCCCAUGCUGAUGCACUUGCUGUGAGCCCAGCCCUAGUCUCCCACAGAGGUCACACACAGCUCUGCCUAUGUACCUGGCACUCUCCGCAAGUGCAGCUGGCAGCUUGUGCCCAGGAAAUGAUGAAGGAGGAUGCGUGUUGUGAGCCUGUUGCUAUGGACAGCGAAGACAUGUUGUUCCUUCUCUAUACGUCAGGCAGUACUGGCAAACCCAAGGGCCUGGUCCAUUCCCAAGCUGGUUACUUGCUCUAUGCUGCUCUCACACACAAGUAUGUGUUCAACUACCAGGAUGGGGACAUCUUUGGUUGCGUGGCAGACAUUGGCUGGAUCACCGGGCACAGCUAUGUGGUCUAUGGCCCCCUCUGCAAUGGUGGCACUACAGUCCUUUUUGAGAGCACUCCUGUCCAUCCCAACCCUGGACGCUACUGGGAAACAGUAGAGAGGUUAAAAAUUAAUCAGUUCUAUGGGGCGCCCACUGCCAUCCGCCUGCUCCUGAGAUAUGGUGAUGAAUGGGUAAAGAAAUAUGACCGCUCUUCUCUCAAGGUUCUUGGCUCAGUGGGGGAACCUAUCAACAAGGAGGCAUGGGAGUGGUACUUCCGUGUGGUUGGUGAGGCACGGUGCCCAGUAGUGGACACAUGGUGGCAAACUGAAACAGGAGGCAUCUGUAUCUCACCCCGUCCUUCUAAUCCUGGAGAUGAGAUCCUUCCAGGCAUGGCCAUGAGACCCUUUUUUGGGAUCAGCCCCUGCCUCCUGGAUGAUAAGGGAAAUGUCCUUCUGGAAAACAAUAUCUCUGGAGCCCUCUGCAUCUCACAGGCCUGGCCAGGUAUGGCCCGAACCAUUUACAAUGAUCAUAAGAGAUUUCUGGAAACCUACCUGACUCCUUAUCCAGGGUUUUUCUUCACUGGAGAUGGUGUUUAUCGUACCAGUGAGGGCUAUUACCAACUGACAGGACGGCUGGAUGACAUCAUCAACAUCAGUGGGCACCGGCUGGGCACUGCAGAGGUGGAGGACGUGGUGAAUCACCACAUGGCAGUGGCAGAGUCUGCUGUGACUGGCUACCCACAUGAAAUCAAGGGAGAAGGAGUCUACAUAUUUGUUGUGCUCAAGAAGGAUAGCGGCUACACACAGGAGACUCUUACUGCUGAGCUACGAGAGCUGAUCUCAAAGAAGAUUGCUAAGUACGCAGCUCCAGAGUACGUUCAGGUCACAGACAGGCUGCCCAAGACGCGCUCCGGGAAGAUUAUGCGUAGGGUGCUAAGGAAGAUUGUGGAGGACAAGGCCAGUGAACUUGGGGACCUAACUACCCUAGAUGACUAUGAAGCUGUGCAGCAGAUCAUAGAGGGACGGAAGCACCUAGUGGAAGGGCAGAGGAGCUGCUAGCUUGGCUCUCCCUGCAGCCACCUUCUCUCCCUUCACUGUAAAAUUGGGGCCAGGCCCAGAAAUGUCACUGGGCUGCUGGUGUUCAGUAAGUGAUACAGACUGAAUCUCCCCUGCAGAGUCUCAAACUAAACUCUCCAUAACACAGAGACCCUCACAACCUUUGCCUCUGCACACAUGUACGAGAUAGGAGAGAUUUUGAUGCAACGUAGAUAGAUGUUUCCUCCCCCAAAAAGCAGAAGGCCAAAAGCCUUCCUUCAGGCUCCUUGUGCAUUGCAGUGGCUGUGGAGUGAGAAACAGGGCAGGAUGCUGUGCCCAGCCCUGGAUGUGUGUACUACUCCUACCCUUGUUCUGGUCUUCAACAAUAGUCUAGUCAGAGACCACUGCCAACAUGAAAGCAUUUCCUCCAAAGCGAACAGCAGAAUGACAAGAUACAGCAGCCCAGUUGACAAAUACUGACUCUUCUCCAUAAGUCUUUGGCUAACAGGCCCCAGAUUUUAAUACAAAAAUGCUCCUUUGA